GCUCUACCACUCCUUUGGCGUCCAGACUGACCUGUUGGACAUCUCGAAGAUGUUCAGCUCGCCCUCUGUCAGUAGAGCUUCCUCGAUCGCACCUCCUCCCUCCGCACAUCGUGACAGGAGCCCCUCAACCUCCAAUCUCUCUAAGCCGUCCGCGGCACCACAAGUAGACUACCACCCUGGCUGUAGCCAUAUCGCCGCCCUCAGCCCUAGCGCACUCAAGCAGACCUUGCGGAGGUAUGCCAUCGGCCUGCGAUGGGGCAAGAGGGUGAGGCGAGGGGUGAUCACAAACGAGGAGGAAGUUGAGCAGGACGAGCAGGACCUCUAUGGAGGGUAUCACCACGACGAGACCCAGAAUGGCAAGCGGCGGAAGCUUCUUCCUCAUCCAACCUGCUCGAGCUGCUAUUCGGCCUUGCAGAGGCCUUACCUGUGUCUCGACUGCGCAUUCUCUGGCUGCUUCGUUGAUUCUUCCCGGCGGCAACCUAUCAAGCAGUCCUGCAUCGCUCGGCAUCUUCUCAGCUCGAAGCAUACAUUGGCAUUCGACAUCCAUACUGGUAGUCUCUACUGCUCAGGCUGCAAUAAUGUUAUCGCCGAUCCUCGUUUCGAGCUGAUGUUUCAUCAAGAACGCGGUCGAACAGCUGGUCGUAGCGUCGGACCGUUGCUUGGAGAUGACAAGGCGCUAGACGCCCUGUGCGAGCUGCCACAGAAUGCCAUCAGUACACGCAAUCCACGAGGGAUGCACAAUCUCAGCGCGACUUGCUUCCUCUCUGUCAUCCUCCAGAGCUUCCUACACAACCCGAUCCUGCGCAACUUCUUCCUCGCAGACAGGCAUAAUGCGGAGCUCUGCCCCACAAACGGUCUUGAGCCAUGCAUGGCUUGUGAGAUGGACAAAAUGUUCAGAGAUUUCUACGCGUACGAUGGUGAGAAGGCUACAGCCGCCUCUCCUGCUGAUCCUUGGGUGCCCUCUUCAUUCUUGUACACCAUCUGGCGGGCUCAAGAAUCAUCGGAGCUCGCUCAAGCGGGACAGCAGGACUCUCACGAGUUCUUCAUCUCCGCCCUCAACGCUCUACACAGCUGCCUCACUCAUCCCGACCGCCUCCCCUCCGCUCGCAAAAGCGAGGUACCUCAAUGGCAGAAUGAGAACGACGGAAAAGGGACGCACGAGGAUCAAAUUAGAGACGUCGAGUGGAGCUACGCGACCGAAGAGGGAAGAGAAGACGGUCAGCCACCUGACUUUGUGCACAAGCUGUGCGACUGCGUGGUCCACCGAGCCUUUGCCGGGGUCCUCCAAUCAGACGUGAGAUGCUUGGUGUGCGGUUAUCGGUCCUCUACGCACGACCCCGUCCUGGAUCUAUCGGUGGAUUUGAGGCCUCCUGGUCUGAUCGCGGAACAUAGACAACAUCUGCAGCACCAAGCUAGCCGAGAGCUGAGUGCAUUGCUAGACGAUGACGGCACCGAUGGUGGCGGCAGCAAGCACAAGAAGAAGAAGAAAGACAAGGACAUGAGUCCGCUAGUACCGUCGCGGGCCGAAGGCACCGCUAGCAAGAAGGACAAGAAGGGUUACAAUCCAUCGACUUCUACCAAUGGAGUCAAAUCUUCUUCUUUGUCCUCAGGCACAGACUCGCAAGACCUGCUGGACUGCCUGAGACGCUAUUGCACUUCCGAGCGUCUUCCUCCCUCAUCGUACACAUGCCCUCAAUGUGGUCCAGUAGAGGCCUCGAAGCAGCUAAGUCUGCGCCGCCUCCCACCAGUUCUAUGCAUUCAACUCAAGCGCUUUGAACACACGGCGACGAGCAGCUACAAGAUUGAGACAAAGGUGAAAUUCCCGAUGAAGCUGGAUGUCAGAGAAUUCGUCACACCGAGUGUUCUCGAGAGCCAAGACAGCAGGAGUGAAAGAAUUGCCAUAGACGGCUUCGUCUACGAUCUAUUCUGCGUCAUCGUCCACGAAGGUACGCUCAAUACAGGUCAUUAUUGGAGCUUCUGCAAAUGGCAGGACCAAUGGUAUCGUCUCAAUGACACUGAAGCUCGUCCAGCUACAGUGCAAGAGGUGUUUGAGAACGCCUACCAGCUGGUGUAUUCUCGCAGAGCGUUGGAAAAUGUGGUGUGUGCUUGAAGCGGACUU